AAAUUAAAACAAGAGACAGAGGAAAAUACGUAGCGGUCGUUGUUGUUGUCAAUACCACGGUCUUAUGCAUCACGUAGUCCACUGCUACAUCAAAUGUGGUACAGCUUUCCUUAGGACAAAUCAGUACAUCACUUAUAAAAAAUGUUAUCGAGAGAAAUUCUGUUUGUUCAUCUAAAUUUUAAAAUGAAAGGCCGCUGAAGUGUUAAACUAACUGCAUCUUUGUCGUUUACUGCAUCUAACGAUCGCACAGAAUUUAUUUUUUACAUGGCGAUAAAUUUACAAACAUGAGACGGCAAACAGGCGACGAGUUCAACAUGCUUUUUAUGCCUCCAAUGGGUAUAUCCGCUGAGAAGAAGUGGACUCUCGAAAAAAGAUAUUGGGCCCACAUUAAACAUAUACUAACAGCUGAAAAGGUGGUGGAUGACGACAACAGGGAAGUCUGGCAAUAUGCAGAGAGACAAACAAUGGAACAUGCACGGAAACGUGGAAAGGAUGAGGAGGCAAAAACAAAAGAAAAUGAUUAUUAUUUUGGAAGAAUCAGAACAACGGCAACAUACUACAGGCGUGAAGAUCAACAAACAGAAUGGAAGAGAAAACAGGAAAUAAUGGAACACAUGUGUAAACGUCCGGUAGAGUGGACAAAGAUAAAGGAGAAAGAUAUACUCUUCAUUGGUGGCCCUGAAAGUCGGAUGACAGGUGCACCUCAAAAACCUAUUCCAGAGCCAUUAGUACACUUCCAGCUGAGGCCCAGGUGUUUUUUUGACCUCCAAAUUGAAAAUGACAUACAUCUGGGACGCAUUAUUUUUGAACUUUAUGGAGAUUAUGUUCCAAAAACAGCUGCAAACUUUCUCGGUCUUUGUAAAGGAUACAAUGGACUUACCUAUAAAGGAAGCUUUUUUCAUCGAAUAAUACCACAUUUAAUGUGCCAGGGAGGUGACAUCACUGAGUACAAUGGCUCUGGAGGCAUGACAAUAUUUGGAGAGAUUUUCAGUAAGGAAAACUACAUACUUAAGCAUGGUGGAUUAGGUGUUCUCUCAAUGACAAGUAUCUCUGCAACAAAAAACUCUUCACAGUUUAAUAUCACUUUCAGGGAGUUGCAUGCUCUUGAUGGAAAUAGUGUUGUUGUUGGCAAAGUAGUGAAAGGAAUCAACACACUGUUAAAGGUAGAAGAGUUUGGGUAUCGAACCGGAAAACCACGCAAAAAGGAAAAAUCAGUUUACGUUCAAGCUGAUUGUGUCGUUGCAUUAGUAAUUGGCAUGAAAACCAUCAUCUGCACAGAUCAAAAAGUUCCAAGUUUAAGAGUAAACAGAAAAUGAUGCUGUAAGACUGAGAAAGAGCAGGUUGAUGGAGUAACCAUCAUCAAAUGAUAUUGGGUGAUCAUUUACCAGAUAAAAUUUGAUGAAGUCCCAUUGCCAUUCUACAGUCAGAGACAAGUGGCUAAGUAAUUCUGUGUUUGAUCUUCUAUUGUUCAUACACUUGGACAACAAUUUUUAACCAAAUGUUUGGCAUAAAGAAGAUAUGUCCAGUGAUGACCAUUUAUAAUGGUAACAAAUGUAAGAUGUUUGUGAAGCAUCACAAUAAUUUGGACAACCUUGUCAGCAUGAAACCAAGCUAAUAAAUUUAUUUAAAGUGCCUUGAGUGCAUAGAGACAGUCAUAAAAGAAUAACAUAGCCAAAAUUACACCUUAUUGUCUGCAGUUUGAUGAUAUAGAUUUUAUAAGCUUCAGUUAAUGAAUGUGAAUAAACCAGCUUUUGCUAUAA